GGCCCCGCCCUCGGCCGGGUGGUCCCCGGGGGUGGAGGGGAAGCGCAGUAAGGGGAAGCCGGAGCUGCUCGGGCCGAAGUUGGCUCGGUGACUGGACUUUCCUGGUGACACAGCGAAUUCAGGGGAACUUGGGAAAUUUUUACCGCGCUUCGUGAUGCCCGGGACCGAACUCGCAAGCCCGAGGUUGAGUGGGCUCGCAGGGACCGCGCAUGGACGCUGCGGGAAAGAGCCGUUCCAGACUUGAGCCCCUUCCCUGGGCCUGCGAGCCGAGGGGUGCGGAGAGCUGGCCGCCCUGAGCCAGCAGACGCUUUCCAAGGAAACCGGGGUGCAGAGAGAGGGAGGGGCUGGUGUCUGCGGCGAAGGGACGGAAACGGAUAGCGGCUGUGUCUUCUGACUCCCUAAUUACUGCCAGCUGAUAGCAGGCUAACCUGGUAAAGUGACCUGUCCUAAUUAACUUCGGAGUAUGAUCAGCUAUCUGCAUGAAUGUCAUACCCAGGCUAUCCCCCCACUGGCUACCCACCCUUCCCUGGAUAUCCUCCUGCAGGCCAGGAGUCUUCCUUCUCCCCACCGGGUCAGUAUCCUUACCCUAGUGGCUUUCCCCCAGUGGCAGGAGGUGCCUACCCACCAGUGCCAAGUGGCACUUACCCAGGUCCUGGAGGCUACCCUUCCCCUGGAGGUUAUCCAGCCCCUGGAGGCUAUCCUGGGGCCCCGCAGCCAGGGGGGUUUCCAUCCUAUCCCGGAGUUCCUCCAGGCCAAGGAUUUGGAGCCCCACCUGGUGGAGCAGGCUUUUCUGGGUAUCCACAGCCACCUUCCCAGUCUUAUAGUGGUGGACCAGCUCAAGUCCCAGUACCUGGUGGCUUUCCUGGAGGACAGAUUCCUUCUCAGUAUCCCGGAGGACAACCUCAGUACCCUAGCCAGCCUGCUGCGAUGACUCAGGGCACUCAAGGGACAAUCCGACCAGCUGCCAACUUUGAUGCCAUGAGAGAUGCUGAAAUUCUCCGUAAAGCAAUGAAGGGCUUUGGGACAGACGAGCAGGCCAUUGUGGAUGUUGUGGCCAGCCGUUCCAAUGAUCAGAGGCAAAAGAUUAAAUCAGCUUUUAAGACCAUGUAUGGCAAGGAUUUAAUUAAAGAUCUCAAAUCAGAGUUGAGUGGAAACAUGGAAGAACUGAUCCUUGCCUUGUUCAUGCCACCAACAUAUGAUGCGUGGAGUUUACGGCAUGCAAUGCAGGGAGUUGGGACUCAGGAACGUGUAUUGAUUGAGAUACUGUGCACAAGAACAAAUCAAGAAAUUCGAGAAAUUGUCAGGUGUUAUGAAUCAGAAUUUGGACGAGAUCUUGAAAAGGACAUUAGGUCUGAUACCUCAAGGCAUUUUGAACGUCUGCUUGUAUCCAUGUGCCAGGGAAAUCGUGAUGAAAACCAUGUCAACCACCAGAUGGCCCAGGACGACGCACAGCGUCUGUAUCAAGCUGGUGAAGGGAGACUAGGCACAGAUGAGUCUUGCUUUAACAUGAUCCUUCCCACAAGGAGCUUCCCUCAACUGAAAGCUACCAUGGAGGCUUAUUCCAGGAUGGCUAAUCGAGAUUUGUUAAGCAGUGUCUGCCGUGAGUUUUCUGGAUCGGUUGAAAGUGGCUUGAAGACCAUCUUGCAGUGUGCCCAGAACCGCCCUGCCUUCUUUGCUGAGAGACUCUACUAUUCCAUGAAAGGCGCCGGCACCGAUGACUCCACCCUGGUCAGGAUUGUGGUCACUCGAAGUGAGAUCGACCUUGUACAAAUAAAACAAGUGUUCACGCAGAUGUAUCAGAAGACCCUGGCGACAAUGAUUGCAAGUGACACAAGCGGAGAUUACAGAAAACUGCUUCUGGCCAUUGUGGGUCAGUGAGGAUUUUUUUCCCCCCCUAAAUGAGUGAUGCUAUUCCUAGCUUAUCCUUCAAAGCAGAGAGACCUGCAUGCAGCAGUAUAACCUAACCAACACAGCUUUUACCAAGGACUCUGUCAGGAUAAUGUGCUUAGUUUGCACAUGUUGUUAUUGCCUUAAUUCUAACAUUAUUUUUUUCUUCUAUGUCCAAUCAGUGCAAAAGCCAUAUCAAUGAUGUAGUGAUUUUGCAAUGUUCAAAGAGCUUUAUUCUCACUGCUCUUGUUUCAAUUAGAAUUUCAAGUUGAAUAAAAAUGAUAGUAAUCUCUAAAA